CCGAGUAGUGUUUGAGGAGAGCCUGGUCGCAUCUGUGAUAUGGCCAAGCCGUACGUCUCAUUCGCAGUCGCUUGCGAGAGCGGAUGGAGGUAAAAGCGAGCAUGGAGCCUGAGAUCGUGAUCGCCUUCCGAUGACCCACGCUGCUUCCGUCCUGGUGGCUCGUGAACUUUGUUUUAUGCUCGGGACAGGUCUCCUGGCUCCGGCAUUGGAACACUCUCAUCCCUCACUAACCGUGCAAAGGAAAAACACUACCUGGCUGUCACGGCAUUCUCCCUCAUCCCACACGGCAGAUGGCGCAAAUCGUUUGGUUCAUGCUUCAAGAGGGCGUGUCACGAGCGCGGAGAUGCCUUGUGGAGGCUUCCUUCUCCGCUUGGCCGAUAUGGCAUAGUGGCGGCUGUGCCUGACUUCGCCUCGUCUACAAUUUGCCAACCUUGAGACAUCCCUUCAUUCCGCGCACCGACGUCAUGGUCUACACUUGACUUCGUCCCACGCCAGCAUGGCGGAAGCUUGUAAGUCGCAGGCCAAGAAGGGCUACGUCCUACUUUAAUAAACUCACAGCUACAGCGACCUAUCUCCCGGG